AAUUUAUAAAGGACUUACAUUUUGGUAACUAAUUAAAAGGGAAUAUCAAAGUGAAUCUUUAAGACUCGAAAAUAGUUGGAAAGUACAUUUCAACUCGAGUAUAUGAUGGCCAUAAAUAUGCUCGGUGUAAGGUGUCCGGUUGAAAUGGCACAGAGGAUUAAGUGCGGCGAGCUAGCCUUUUUGGGCGAUAAUCUUGCAUUUUAAAUAUUUCGCAAGAAGCAACACGCAAAUCCGCUGACUUGUCACACCUUCGACCGCAGGUAGGUGGGCAGCCAGGAAGCAGGGAGGGACUUAAACGUAGCACCUUGUCAGGUGGUGCUGAUGGCAAUGGGAAUGGCAAUGGCGGUGGCGAUGGCGAUGGCGAUCCCGAGAUGGUGAUCAAAGCAACAGCCGCUGAUUAAAGACAAAAAAUGAAAACACGACGCACACAUGGCAAAAAGGGGGAAUUUGUCGCCUUUUGUGUAGCUGCAUUGCGCAGCGCCGUCAAACGAAAGUAUUUAAUUUCAGGUAAAUUUGUAAGAUAAAUAAUUGUCGCUACCUGAAAGAGGGGAACACGAUGCGCUUCAAAGAACCUCAUUGUGUUUUGCAUAUGCUGCUGGCGGCGUGUGUGUUCGCCCUUACGGCCAGAACUUUGGCCGAAAGGACCUUCAAAAGGUCCGCCGAUGGUGGUGUAGAUUAUGGGACAGCGCUGCCAUUGUUGCAGCCGGAGGAUCGGAUCGCCUGCUGCGACCGGAUCACAACAGCGGGACACGGACGAUCAAUAAUGACCCGGAUCAGCUGCGGAAUCAGCACCAGCCCCGCUCGCCAGUUCGAGGUAUCACUUUUGACGAUUCGAGUUCGGGAUGGAAAACGCCAGACUCCCAUUUCGAGCAGCUCGAAAUGUCAAAACACCCGCCACACACAUCGAGCCAUCAUAGCUCCGAUUGAAUCCUCAAGAAUCUCACAGCUGGUGGCAAUGAUGACGAAUCGGAAAUGGAACUGGAUGCGCCAAUGCCGAUGCGUCGGCUUUAAUCAAUAAGCCGAGAAAUUUGGAACCACUUGCGGGCCAGCACCGUGGUAUGAACACACAAGUUAGUUA